UCUCCCCCGCCUCAGACCGACUGCUUCAACUACGUGCGCUUCCUGCAGAGCUACAACAGCUCCCACCUCUACGCCUGCGGCACCUACGCUUUCCAGCCCAAGUGCACCUACAUCGAACUGUCUGGCUUCACCCUGGACCAAGUGGCUUUCGAGGAUGGCAAGGGGAAGUGUCCGUACGACCCCACCAAGGGACACACCGGCCUCAUCGUGGACGGGGAGCUGUACUCGGCCACCUUCAACAACUUCCUGGGCACGGAGCCCGUCAUCCUCCGCAACCUGGGCCCCCACUACUCCAUGAAGACAGAGUAUCUCACCUCCUGGCUGAACGAGCCCCACUUCGUGGCUUCGGCUUACGUGCAGGAGAGCGCGGCCAGCAGCACCGGGGAUGACGACAAGGUUUACUUCUUCUUCAGCGAGCGGGCGGUGGAGUACGACUGCUACGCGGAGCAGGUGGUGGCCCGCGUGGCACGGGUCUGCAAGGGGGACGUCGGCGGUGCCCGCACGCUGCAGAAGAAGUGGACGACCUUCCUGAAGGCUCGCUUGGUGUGCUCGGCGCCCGAGCAGCAGCUCCACUUCAACCGCCUCCAGGGGGACGUGGAUGUCUCAGCUAUUUGCCGGUACCACAUCCUGGAGGUGAAGAAGGCGUUCGAGGGGCCCUACAAGGAGUACCGGGAGCAGGCGCAGAAGUGGGGCCGGUACUCGGAUGAGGUGCCGAGCCCCCGUCCCGGCGCGUGCAUCACUGACUGGCACCGCCAGAACGGCUUCGCCAGCUCCCUCGAGCUGCCCGACAACACCCUCAACUUCGCCAAGAAGCACCCGCUGAUGGACGAGCCCGUCCUGCCCCACCGUGGGCGCCCGCUCCUCCUCAAGAAAGACGCCAACUUCACCCAGCUGGUGGUAGACCGGGUGCUCGGGCUGGACGGCACUGUCUACGAGGUGCUCUUCAUCGGCACAGUCCUCCCGCUGCGACCCGCAGGCGAUGGCUGGGUGCACAAGGCGCUGAACCUGGGUGCUCGCGUCCACCUGGUCGAGGAGCUGCAGGUUUUCGAGCCAGCGCAGCCUGUGGAGAGCCUGGUCCUGGCCGGUCGGAAGGUGAGCGGUGCCACGGGGAAGGGGCAGGGUGUCGCCUCACCCCUGGCCGACUGCGGCCGCUACCAGUCCUGCACGGACUGCGUCCUUGCCCGGGACCCCUACUGCGCCUGGAGCCGCAAUGCCAGCCUCUGCGUCCGCACCGACGGCCUCAAUGGGUCCCAGCUGGUCCAGGACAUGCUGAGCUCCGACACCAGUGCCUGCACCCUGCCGCAGGUGGCCAAGCAAGGGCCCAUCCCCCCCAAAAACGUGACGGUGGUGGCGGGCACCGACCUGGUGCUGACGUGCCGUUUGGGCUCCAACCUGGCCCAGGCGCUGUGGACCUUCGAGGGCCGGGCGCUGGCGGCUGAGCAGGCGCUGGUGCUGCAUGACACCCGUCUGCGGGCUCUGGUG